AUGCCUUUUGGGCACGUCGUCAAAAGCCGAUACGGCUCACCAGAAGCCCAACAAGGGGCGCAAGAGAAAAGGCCAAACCGGCCAACAGUACUGGCCCAAGAUGCGCGCCAGGUCAGAGGCCAAUCCGGCCCACCACAAGCCCAACAAGGGGCACCAGAGAAAAGGCCAAACCGGCCGACAGCAAAGGCCCAAGAUGCGCGCCAGGUCAAAAGCCAAUCCGGCCCACCACAAGCCCAACAAGGGGCACCAGAGAAAAGGCCAAACCGGUCAACAGCAAAGGCCCAAGAUGCGCGCCAGGUCAAAAGCCAAUCCGGCCCACCACAAGCCCAACAAGGGGCACCAGAGAAAAGGCCAAACCGGCCAACAGCAAAGGCCCAAGAUGCGCGCCAGGUCAGAGGCCAAUCCGGCCUACCACAAGCCCAACAAGGGGCGCCAAAGAAAAGGCCAAACCGGUCAACAGCACAGGACCAAGAUGCGCGCCAGGUCAAAAGCCAAUCCGGCCCACCACAAGCCCAACAAGGGGCACCAGAGAAAAGGCCAAACCGGCCGACAGCAAAGGCCCAAGAUGCGCGCCAGGCCAAAAGCCAAUCCGACCCACCACAAGCCCAACAAGGGGCACCAGAGAAAAGGCCAAACCGGCCAACAGCAAAGGCCCAAGAUGCGCGCCAGGUCAGAGGCCAAUCCGGCCUACCACAAGCCCAACAAGGGGCGCCAAAGAAAAGGCCAAACCGGUCAACAGCACAGGACCAAGAUGUGGUCAAGAUCAGGGACAAAAUAUGCUUGGACGAGACAGACAUAAUAAAUAGAUCUCUUGCACGGGAGAUUGGGGAGUACGACAUUGAAUAUGCUCAGACGCUCUGUAAAGAGUUUAUGAGCAAUUGCAUCUCUGCUUAUAAUACUGUGAACAAAAAGCUCUAUCGAAAAUGUUGUGGUGAUUGUGGAUAUUUAGAGGAUUCUAGUAUUUCAGAGGAUUUAAGUUAUUAUGCGGGCACAAAACUAUACAGCCAUUUUGGGACACGACGUUUACAACGUUUACUAAUUAAAUCUAGCUGGAAGCUAUAUUAUACGGGAAUAGAUCAGUACGCUGUUGAUUAA